AUUCAACUGCAUCCAUUGCUAUAAAAUAAAACUCAACGUUCCCUGAUCCCUCUCCAUUUCAAUAACCUCUCGGCUUCUUUUUGUAUCUCUUUCUACGGUUUGAACCUUAAAAAAUCCUUAAAACGAUGGAAAAACCAUGCUCCAUUAAGAACAGAGAGCUGAGAUUACCACCAGGGUUCCGAUUUCACCCAACAGAUGAAGAGCUAGUGGUUCACUAUUUAAGUCGAAAAGUUUCCGGUUUACUCUUACCAGCUUAUGUUAUACCGGAAAUCGAUAUCUGUAAAGCCGAACCAUGGGAUUUACCAGGUGACUGUAAUUCAGAGAGGUAUUUUUUUAGCAUGAGGGAAGCUAAAUACCCAAAUGGAAACCGGUCGAACCGAUCAACCGGUUCGGGUUACUGGAAAGCGACCGGAAUCGAUAGGCAAAUCGGGAAGAAGGUUCUUGGGAUGAAGAAAACUCUGGUUUUCUAUAAAGGGAAACCUCCGAACGGGACAAGAACGAGUUGGGUUCUUCAUGAGUAUCGUCUUGUUGAUUCUCAACAUGAAUCAUACGGCGAGAACAUGAAUUGGGUUCUAUGCAGAGUGUUCUUGAAGAAGAGGAGCAAUAAUAAUAAGAAGAAGAAAAAAGAAGAUGAGAGAGAGAAGAAGGAAGAGAUAGAAAGUGACGACAACAAGAGUACUUGUCCGAUAUUCUAUGACUUUAUGAGAAAUGACGUGAAAAAAGGAAAAUGCUGCACUUUGAACUUGACUCGUUGUAGUUCUCCUUCUUCAGCGUCUUCGUCGGUUUGCUCAAGUGCUUUAAUUCAGACAUGUUUAAAUAGUGACUCUGAUAAUCAUCAUCAAGAAACUAGUUGUCGGGGAAAUAAGUUUCAUUUGUUCCUGUAAAUAGUAAAACUUGGGAACACGUUUUUUUAAAACUUUAUAAGUAAGAUCAGUAUGAUUACCAAGUGAUAAUGCAAUCUAUAACCAAUGUUGGUAGCCUUUAAUUG